CACCUCCGUCAGCACACACGUGGGCUCGGCGGGUGGCGCAGGGCCUGCCGGGAGAUGUAGUCCGUAGCUCAGCUCUGCGCCUGCGCCCUGGGCAGUUGCGGAGAGCGUGGGUGAGCCGUGGGUGCUGGCUGAGUCGGGAAGAAGACAGAAACAUAGCUGUCACAGCAAACGCAGACACAAAGGACUCAUAGCACGAGGGCAGGUCCAGGCCUUGAGACUUGUUGAUACAUCUGUAGGUGACGCUCGACUAUUAGAGAAACAAAUCGGAAUCUCGUACUGCAGUUCCCAAGUAAAUUCUAAGCUUCCAGAAGGGAGCGAUGGCUGUGGCCCUGGGAUGUGCAAUCCAGGCCUCCUUGAAUCAGGGCUUCAUGCUUGAAGAGUACGAUACUGACUGCGAAGUCUUCCGUCAGCGCUUCAGGCAGUUCCAAUACCAAGAAGCAGCCGGGCCUCAUGAAGCUUUCAACAAACUCUGGGAGCUUUGCUGUCAGUGGUUGAAGCCAAAGAUGCGUUCUAAAGAACAAAUCUUGGAGCUGCUAGUGUUGGAGCAAUUCUUAACUAUUCUGCCCUCGGAGAUAGAGACCUGGGUGAGGGAACACUGCCCAGAGAACAGAGAAAGAGUUGUGGCACUGAUAGAAGACUUACAGAGAGAACUUGAGAUACCAGAGCAGCAGGUUGGCAGGCAGGAAAUGCUCUUGGAAGAACUGGCACCAGUGGGAACAGCACACAUACCACCAAACAUCCAACUGGAGUCACCGGAGCUCCACGUCCUGGGACCUUCCCAGGAGGCCACCGUGGCAGAGGCGUGGAUCCCACAGGCAGGGCCACAGAACAUGAACUAUGGUGCUGUUGGUGAAUGCCAGCCUUUUCCAGAGCCAGGAUAUCCAAUACUAAAGCUUGACCUGAAUUUCCCAUUGGAGCAUAGAGAAGAGCCAUGGAUGAAGGAAUUACAAGCCUCCAAAGAAAUGAAACAAUUACAUGAUCCCAAUAUAGGUUUUGAGAUCGAGAGAGAAAAUGAAGAAGAUAUUUCAAAACAGAAUAAGCUGGAGAAUAUGUAUCCAUUUAUUGUUGCUUUAGAGGGGAAUGCGCUACAUGGUCCCAUUUUGCAAAAAGACUAUGAGCCAUUAGAAAAUCCGUGGGAGCCCCCGCCCGAGGAGCUACAGACAGAUUUAACAAAGCUUGUAAAUCCUCAGAACCACUCUGUAGGAGAGAAACCUGAGAGCUCCAACUUGGAAGAAGCUGUCACUCCUAGACCCCAUAAGAAAAAGAAUCCAGGAGAGAAACCUCACCGAUGUGCGCAGUGUGGAAAAUGUUUUGCUCGGAAGUCACAGCUUACUGGGCACCAGAGAAUUCAUUCAGGAGAAGAACCUCACAAGUGCCCCGAAUGUGGGAAAAGCUUCCUUCGUAGUUCAGACCUUUACAGACACCAACGACUUCACACUGGGGAGAGACCCUAUGAAUGCACUGUAUGUAAAAAGCGAUUCACUCGAAGGUCACACCUUAUAGGGCACCAGAGAACCCAUUCUGAAGAAGAAACAUAUAAAUGCCUUGAGUGUGGGAAAAGUUUUUGUCAUGGAUCUAGUCUUAAAAGACAUCUGAAAACUCAUUCAGGUGAAAAACCUCAUAGAUGUCACAGUUGUGGGAAAAGUUUUAUUCGACUGACGGCUCUUACUUUGCACCAGAGAACUCACACAGAAGAGAGACCUUUUAAAUGUAAUUACUGUGGGAAAAGCUUUAGACAGAGACCAAGCCUUGUUAUUCAUUUAAGAAUUCAUACAGGGGAGAAGCCGUAUAAGUGUAGUCAUUGUUCCAAAAGCUUCAGACAGAGAGCAGGUCUUAUUAUGCACCAAGUCACUCACUUUAGGGAAGAUUUCUUUAAGAAUUGUUGAGGGAAACAGGUCCUACAGAAGUUAACACUAACUCAUAAAAGUCUUAACCUGCAAGAGCCUAUUUGUCCUGGAAGGACAGUUUUUUUUGUUGUUGUUUUUUGUUUUUGUUUUGGCUAUUUUUAAAACUCAUUUUCCAAGGCAUAUGGGUUUUAGAGUAUCCACCUACUCUUACAACUCUCCCGGAUUUGAUUUUUACUCUGUCUCCACAACUUUUUUUUUUAUUAUAAUAAAAAUUUUUGUGUACUAAGCCAACCAUAUCAUAGGUGUAAGCAUAAAACAUAUAAAUGAUGACAUUCCUUUCAGGUCUAGGGUCAAUAUAAUGGAUUAUCUCAGUAACCAUGUCUAUCUGACAUAUUUAUUUUAGCAGUAUCAUAAUUACUUUGCUGCGUCAUUAUUAAAGAUGAAUAUAUUAGUUCAAGGCAUUAGGAUAUGCCCUAGGUGGAAAGCUAGGAAACAAUGAAAUUGGUCAAACUAUAAAAAUGUGUCAGGAACAUAAGAAUGAAGGGGAUGACAUUUACCUAGUAAGGACUGUGUUAUUGAAAUUUUUUGUGUUUAAGAAAAUCUAAUUUUUAACAUUUACUUUGGAGUGUUAGAAAAUUUGCUAUCAUGCUUAGUUGGCAGUCUGUGGUGAUGCUGCUUAGAGCUGAGUAUUUGGUGAUUUAUUUUGUUCACAGAAUAAAUAAGGUAUAUGCAAGAAUCCAGAAACCCUGGUGGCGUAGUGGUUAAGUGCUAUGGCUGCUAACCAAAGGGUUGGCAGUUUGAAUCCGCCAGGUGCUCCUUUGAAACUUUAUGGGGCAGUUCAACUCUGUCCUAUAGGGUUGCUAUGAGUCGAAAUCGACUCAACGGCACUGGGUUUGGGUUUUUUUGGUAUGGAAGAAUCCACUUGACAGCUGACGUAGAAUCUGAUUUAAUUUAGAUUGACCGAUGAAUUGGUAUCCAUUGCUUUUCAGUCUUUUUUGCUAUUCAGUCAGUGUCUCGCAGAGCAUUUAAAAUUGUAUCCUUCCUUUAAAUCAGCCUCUUGCAGAAUAUGAGCCAUUGAACACUUAGUUCUGCAAAUAAGUUUGGGAAAUGCUUUGUGUUGUCUCUCCUUUGUAGAUUCACAGUGCACAUCAGCAUGUGAGAGUCUUUGAGAGGUCCUCCAGUAAAGGAACAAAAACACAAAUACCUUUUUGAGUCAACAUUUCCUAAACUUAUUUGACUCCAGAACUCUUUUUCAUGUAUACCCAGAAGUAGUGUUCUGCAAAUAUUCCUUGGAACACAACUGUCUCAAACAAAUAUUUCUGUAGCCACCAAUAUAGACUCAUUGUUCCCAAGCCUAUUUAUCUUCAGUUAUUUCAAGAAGUCAUCAAAAAAUUCUUUAAACAACCAUAUAUGUCUCUUAUGUAAUACACACACACAUCACUUUAGGGAGGUGAGGGUCACUAAAUCAGAUAAUCUGUACGUUGCCCAGUGAUUCUCAACCUCUUUGAAUUUUACUUAAAAUUAUACACACACACACACACACACACACACCUUAUCUAAAUGUUCUCAUUAUAUAAAUGUUCUCAUAUACUCAUGUUAAAUUUUCUUUCAGUGAGGGAAGAAUUCUUUGUCCAUUAGAGCUGUUAUUAUGUGAAAAUAUUUAUAGAGCCUGGCUUCUUGUAAAAUGAAAUAGGAUAUCCAAGUAUUUUCUCUUCAUGAAAAUAUCCAGCCAUCCUUUCCUUAAACUAGAAUCAGGGGAAGUGUAUCUCUUCUAUUCUAUUGAAGUUGUUGGAAGUAAUAUUCAGUAUAUGUAUUUGUUGGGUAUCUGCUGUGUACCUAACUAAACCUGUUCUAGGCUUAAUGGAAGCUGGUAAAGAAACAAGUUAUGUGUCAGGCUCAUAAAGUUAUUAUAAUAUCUUUAGUUAAACAAGAGUUGGGAAACAUGGAGAACAAUGCAAAAGAGUUUAUAAUUAAGUGCCAAAUCAUACCAAGUGCUGGAGCCAGGAUUCUUGUCAUCCAGGUCCCUGUAUGAUGCUGCUAUAUUUCUAGGGUUAAAAUUGGGAUCCCAGUAGCAAUAAGCAUGUAACAUGGGAGGAGUCUGAAUGUAGAAAUGAAAAUGCUGAAUGUAAUGGCUUUUCUUUUUUGUGAAAUUGCACUCAAACCAGAACAGUGCCUUAGAAUGGAUAUGCCCAACUGCUCUGUAUCUAUGCAAUAGUUUAAUAAAGUGGAUAUGUAUAUGCCCUUCCUGCUUCAGUCUCAUUAAUUAAUUCUUUGAAUAACUUAGAACUGCUCUCCUGAACUGUGGCGG